AGUUCGCCCGGGACACUCGCUCGCCAGGUGGCGCGUCGAAGAGACAAGAGUUGUGGCGGCGAAUUGGGCAACGGGCCAAUCUGCAGCCACGUAGCGGCCGAUCUGUCCCUGCGGGAAAUGGGAUCCGUACACCUCCUUGGACAACGGGACAAUCUUCGUAGAACUCCGCCGACGAUGGGAAAAGCUGUCACGCUACGUGGGUACGAUGACUGAGGAAGGAAGGAAGGUCCGGCGAUAAGAGUGUUAGCGGCCAUUGUUUCACAAUCGCUGCGCGCUCGGGGCUUGGGGCUCUGCAUCAAGAAGAAGGCGGACUGGCGUGGCGGGCUUUUGUCGGCGAUCUCAACCGACGCAUGACGUCUUUUGAAGCGGUGGCUACUGAAGCGGUUUCCGUAGCGGCUACUGAGGCGUCUCUUCCCGUACACUGCGUUCUUUACGAGGGACGCGUUGUCGUCGCUCGCGGUCUGCCCUUGGAGUCCGACGAGGGAGUGAAGCGGAAGUAAAAAAAAAACGGACGAAUUUCGAAGAGCAGUAGAAGCCCAUCAGCCUGGCGCUUGAUGAGCCUGACGAUGAAGGAUUCCCCUACUAACCACGUCGCAAAGAAAGAGCCAGCGACGAAUGCCGCUACCGUGGACAUGUCUCCCACGUGUGGCGAUGUUCAAGGUGCAUUCAAGGAGCACAAGCACAAGCCCAGUCAACACAGCAACAUGCUGCGCAGCUUUGCCCUCCAGGCCCGCAUCUGUCGCCUUUGUGGCUGCCUCUUCGUCAGGGACAUGUUCGCUAAGCCACCCAAGUCUCCCAAAGUGGUGUGGCUCCACUGGUACACCCUGUAUGCCGCGGCGUGCUUGGCUUUCUUCCUGUGGUUCGAGACGGACGUGGUCACGCGACACGCCAUCGAGCUGAGCGACACCCAGCGCUUCUUCACCAAGUCCCUCCUCGUGUUGUUGCACGUCGUGAUCAUCAUCAAAGCCUGCUGCAAUUUCCUCACCAUGGCGGUCGGAGCCCGGAGAAUGGUCGAGUUUCUGCAGAAGGCCGACGCCUUCGAGAAAGAGGCGAGCCUCUCGUGCUAUGCAGCCUCACAAUGCAGCAAACGAAAUAUUCUAUGCCUACGUCUUCGCUUCAAAAAGGUCGGCAUCCCGUCCUGCCUGUGCUGCGGCCAGAGGAACUUUCUCUGGACCGACAUUGGCGGCAUCGUCACUUUCACCGCGUACUUCAUCAGCUACACCACAGCCCUGUUCCACCAGGAACAGAAGGUCGACCACGACGGCCAGCUGAGCACGCGCGAGAUUGUGGAACGGAUUUGCGGGUUCGUCGCCGCCUUGCUGUUCUUCACGUACGACAACGUCAACUUCGUCGCGCUCAGACACUCGGCGGAGGUCUUGGAACGCUACGUGCUGUACCUCAAGCACUGCAUCGACGGUUUCGUCGGCUGCAAGGUGAUCGGCUGCGAAAAAGAGGCCGCGCAGAAGAUCCAGGCGGUGCGCCUGCGCCUCUGCACCGUGCUCGAGCUGAAGAGUGACAUCAACGCCAUCUGGCAGAGGUCGAUCGUGGUCUCCAGCGUGGGGCUCCUCCUGGUCACGUGCAUAUCUCUCUACACCGUCAUCACAGAGGGGCUGAGGAAGACCGAGCUGUGGAUAGCCAUCGGCUACUCGGCCUUCACGUCGUACGAGUUUCUCGAGUUGGCCAGAGUGAGCCAGUCCCUGUCUAAUGCACUCCAGGCGAUCAAGGAUUCCUGCCGAAAGACACCUACCAUGGACAGCACAACGGCCUACAGUCAUCAGGUCCAGUACUUGCACAGCACGAUCAACCCUGACGACAUCAGCCUCAACGGAAGCGACUUCUUCAAAAUUAACUUGUCACUUCUCGUUUCGAUGGCGGGUUCCAUUAUAACGUACACGGUCAUACUGGUCCAGACAAGCCCGGAAUACGAGGCGACACCGACAUGCCAGCCUGCCAUCGAGGCUACGACCACGCCCGCCAUUACGUGAUGAAGCCCCGUGGCGAAUAAAAACGUGUGCGAGCUUCGCUUUUUGCUUAUUACGAUCGCAGGGUACGCGAUACACUGUCCUUUAUUUGUUUUUGUUUCUUUCUUUUUGUGCCAGUCAAGAGACAAACAAUUA